UCGCAGGACAGGAAAGCCAAAGUGACCAAGGCGAAACCGGAAAAACCUGAGGAUCCGGGCUUGCGCUGGCGGUCGAAGAAGGCUGCAGAGGCUCCAUCUGCAUCCCCAUCUGGUUCGCAGGCUAGUCAGCAAGGUAGUGAAGGAAGCAGGAGCUCGAUGAGCUCUCCGCCGCUCAACACCUGGCCGAAGUCCAGCUCUGUGGCAGGCAAGGAUCGUGUCGAGGUCGGUGAAAGGGUCUUCAAAGAGGAGAAGGCCAGCUCACGAAAGGUCUCUAGUCAGGAGAUCAUGGGCGGGGACUUCAGUUUGAAGCCGCCCACGAAGCAGAAGAAGAGGAUGAACAUGACGCUGGUGAAGGGACCGAGAGAAGCAUCUUCUUCUGGAGGACUGGAGCACACGAUCCUCAAAGACUUGGGUCCCAAAGGCAUGGAGGCCUUUACACAAGCUUUGAAAGAAGGCAAGCAACGUCCUGGUUGUGUCAAGCUCUGUUUCGUGGGCCAUGCGCGUGCUGGAAAGACCUCCACGCUGAAGGCGCUUGCAGACAAGCCUUUCGAUACACAGCAGCGGAGCACACACGGUGUGGAAACCUUUGUUUUAUCCAAUGAGCUUUUGCAGAUCUCCAAGCCCGAAUCGGUGGCGGCGGGUUCGACGGCCACUCCUUGGGGCGUCCUGGAGGGCAGCAGCGUUCGAGAACUUCUCAGCAAAGGAGUUGCCAAGCGUUUGGCACAACAGUUGAAAGAUCAAAGCCAGAAGGAAGCCCGACAGGAGACACCAGAGACAAGACAAUCCUCAAUCUCUCGGUCCUCCAGCCGCCAGUUCAAGGAGGAGAGUGGCUCACACUUCUCGGACUUUUCGGAGAUGCAAGAAAUCAUCAAGAUGCCCAUGGAUCUGGUGGCCAAGGCGAUGAAUCAGACCGGCCCAGAGGAUCCGGAGCAAGUGGUCCUGCAAACCUGGGACUUUGCUGGGCAGGAGAUGUACUACAGCAUGGCUCAUGUCUUCAUCACAGCUCCAGGUAUCUACGUCUUGGUUGUCGAUUUGAGUCAAUGGUUGGAAGCCGUCACCAAGCCUGCCUCGGUGUAUUCCUGUGGCUUGCCCGUGGAGCUGUCAGAUUCCUUGGAUUUUUGGCUGGCUGCGGUACUCGUUCAUGCACCUGAUGCACGCCUGGUCAUCGUCGGAACUCACGAUGAUUUGGUACCGCCCCAUUUAUCCUGUCUGGUACGUGGCCGAGUCAACGAAUACCUUCAAAAGCGACUGGACAAUCCGGUCUUCCACUCAAGACUCUAUGUGAACGAAGAAGAGCAAUUGCUCUUCUUCCCCGUGGACAACAGCCGUUCGAGCGAGUCCUCCAAGAAGGGCCUGGCACGGCUGCGGCGGAUCUUGGACCAGCUGGCCUUGGAACAGGCGGAGGAUGCUGGAUGGAUCCCCACUCGCUGGGCUCAGUUCUAUACGGUGAUCGCCUCGAGCGAUUGGAGACCCUUCGUCACGCUGGAGGAGUUGACUUCAAAGGCAGCGCACUUCGGGAUCAACUGCCAGGAGCUGGAAUCGUGCUUGCGCCUCUUCCACGGACUGGGUCAACUCUUGCACUUUCCAGGCUCGCCCGCGGUGGUCUUGGAUCCCCAAUGGCUUUUGGAAGCCAUGGCGCAAGUCGUGGGAUGCCCUCGAGUGAUGCAGGGAAACUCGCACCAAGCUACGGCAUUGCUACAGAAGGGCGAGCUCUCCAGAGAGUUGCUGCACAAGCUUUGGGACAAGGAGAAGUUUCAUGGUCAGGAGGCCACUUUACGAGCGUUCCUGGAGCAUUUCAGCCUGCUGGUGCCCGUCGCAGGUAGCACCUUGAGCAGCCCCAGCCACUGGCUGGUGCCCAGCCUGCUGCCGAAACGCCGCUCUGGACCCGCCCAGUCGGAUCAGGUGGCGCAGGCGGCGCUGUUCUUCGACUUCCACGGCGCGCUGCGGCAGCUGUUGCCUUCGCUGCUCCCGCGGCUCUUUGGACGGCUUCAGCUGAAACAUGAGACCUUGCGCGGGAAGAUGCUGUGCCAGGACUUCUUGGCCUUUUCCAUGGGAUCCGUCUUUGUGACCCUGGAGCUGAUUCACUUGGAGCCUUGUGAGACUUUGAAGCUGACGGUCACUGCAUCAGAAGAGACUCAAGUCAACCAUCAAGUGAUGUCUCACGUCUUUGAGCUCGUCUCCGAAGGCUUGUCCUCGUGUGUGCCCAAGCUUUGCUUCUCAACGAAGGUGCCAUGUCCACAGUGCCCAGGCCUCUCCGGAGCUCCGCGGCAUCUCUUGGAUUUGAGCGACGUGCUGUCGGAGCUGCAGCUCUUCUGUGCCGCGUCGCAGAGCGUCUUCUCGGAGCGGUCCUUGCCAGCAUAUUUGCGUGCGUGGCGAGCAUUUCAACUGGAAAGCGAGAAGGGAUCGGAUGUUCCAAUAGGUGAGCAGAGCUGUUCCAGCCUGGAGAACCUGGGUGAUGCCAUUUUUCAGCUGGACUUCUUGUAUUCCUCGCCCCUGGUCUACGGCCGACAGCCCCUUGCUGCGUUGGACACCAUGUCCGAACUGCAGGCCUUGCAAGGCAUCGCGGGCCUUUCGCCCAGGGUUGAAGUGGCCACCUUCGAGUCCCUGCAGGAUGCCCUCUUGCGGAAAGCAGAGCUUCCAACCGUGCUGCAUCUCUCCGCACACAUCGGCUCCCCCAUGCCUCCAGCAAAGCCUCUCCUGCUUUUGGAGGAUCAGAGUGGCAUAGCGCAUGCCUUGAGCGAGGAUGCCUUGGCUGCGAUGGCAUCGUGGGAGGCGGAACCCUAUUCAGCGGGAACUGCCAGCUGGCUCUUUGUCUUCCUAGCGUGUGGCUCUGAGCAAAUGGUGGAGCACCUGAUGCACACAGCUGGCCUUCGACAUGCCAUUUGCUGCUCUGGGGAUGUCCUUGACGCUGCAGCUCGUGUCUUCUGCCGAGCCUUCUACAAGGCGCUGGCUGCCGGGAAGAGUGUUCUGGAGAGCCACUCCAUGGCCCAAUCCUCAGUGCUCCACAGCGCCAACCUCGGCAUCCGACAAGAGGCAGAGAAGUUCCGCUAUGUCGUCGCCGAUCGAAGUCCAGCGCGUUCGAAGGCGGCGCCAACGGCGCUGCGCAAGAAGUCGACGUCCUGGACGCUGCCGCCUCCCUGGCCCCGGGUGGAGGAUUAUGCGUCUUGCCGCCUCAUUGAUAGCUGCCGGAUUGCGCAUGCGUUUCGAGAUCGACGGGUGGUGGUCAUCCUCGGAGAGCAGGGCAUGGGCAAAACGGCCAUGUGUCGUGAAUUCUGCGGUCACUUCUCAGCUCCGGGCCGGCUCUUCGCUGAUCGGGUGGUCUUGCUGGACGAGGCGGACUUCAAGUCCACAGAGAUGGUUCCAGACAAGCUCAAGUAUGUGUCCAGCGUGAUCUUCAAGAAAAUCGAUGAGAAGGUCGUUCAGUCGGGCCUCAACUCAAGCACAUCAAUGGUUGAAGCCUUACAUCAGCUGGACCGCCUUGGAUUCUGGCUACUUGUGGUGGAUGGCCUGUCAGAGAUUGCAGAUCUGGGUCCCGAGAUCAUCCUCUCCCUGGAUUCCGUUCUGAGCACGUCGGGCGCCAUGAAACUGCUGCUCACCUCGCGGACACGGCCGUCUUUGGAGCGCGCGGGCUCCGGCGGCGGAUUUCGGGCUGGGAAGGCCGUGGAGCUUCCGGUGUCGCCCUUGCCACCCACCGCAGCAGCCGAACUCUUCUUCCGCAGGGCCAAGAGGCCCCUCUAUCCUCAAGACUUCGACUCGGUGGUCACCGUGACACAGCCCUUGCAGUACGAGCCCAGCAUCCUGGAGAGGCUGGCUGCCAGCCCGUUGCUCCACAUUCUUGGAGGCAUCCCCGGACGCCUGGCUGACGCGGCUGCGCUGGUGAAUAGCGAAUUGAACUCCUUGCUCCAACAUCCGGCCCUGCCAGCUGACUGGAACAUUGUCGACAGUGCUGAUGCAAUGGAUUUGGAACUACAACCAGUGGGACCCUAAACUUCACGAAGAUCACCCUCAGGAGGACAACUUCUUCGGCUUUCGCGCACCAGCUUGACCGCCGCCCUGUGCGCCCUCGCGGACCCUCGCGGACGCGGCGACACGAACGCCGGCGCGGCCGGUGGAAGGAUGGCGCGAUGAGGUUUCCUGAAGCGAAGGAUGACACCGGAUGCAGUGACACUUGGGGGAGUCCCAACAUCUGCCAACAUCUGCAGAAAUUUGGGGUGCCAUCAUUAUAAACCGCUGGGUUUUUGUUGAAGGGUGCUGGGUGGGUGCUGUCGUGUUUCUUCAGGGACCAGAAAGAUGGCUUGUUAAGAGGCAGGUCAUCAGCUUUUGAGACCGAAUUCAAGAAGUAGGAGGACAAUCUGCUGGAGGUGUUUCUCAUUCUCUCGGUGGUAUUGUCGAGCUAAUGAGCUCUGAGUCGUAGCCGAGUCUGCAUGAAAAAUGAGUGAAAGUUGGGACUCGUUAGGCCUCCCAAACCUUCUUCAAGUGACUCCUUUAUCCGUUUAGUCGAAAUUGAGCGCGCAAGCCGAAGCGGCCACCAUGGUCACGUUCUUCAUGGGGCACUGUCACUUGAUGAAUGGUGAUGGACUUUUCCAAAAGAGUGAGCUUUCUUCUUUUAAGUAUAAGGGGUAGUGGUGUGUAAGACCGACGACAGCCGGCAUUAGUAGAUUGAUGACACCUUUUGCCAGAGAUGUUGCCUUCCCAUACCUGCUUGGUGCGUCAUAGAGCUAUGUCACAACCUUCGGAGAGACAACCUGUCAGUUUUGGUAUCAGUCCUCACUGAAGCGAUGAUGUUUACAAGCAGAUAUGGUGACUUUCGCAUUGAGUAGCUG